AACCUACUCAACGUCUUCCACGUGUAACCCUCGCCAAAAUUUCUCACUUGCGGUUCAGCAAUCUAAAACCACCGGCAGCCAACCAAUCACAAUUCACAACUACUCUCCUCCUCGCUCUCAGUCUCAGCACUCAGCAGGCAGCUCUCCAUUCCAUUCCCGGAAAAACAAAAAGUUGUCUACGGACGUUGCUCUGCCAAUACACUCUCACCACGUGUCCUUCCGCUUUCCGUUUCGCUCCUCACUCGCUGCAUCCUAUGAUUUCCUCGCUCCCUGAACUGCACACCACCGGGCAUCAGCAAGGAAGAAUGUGAAGCAGAGUGUGAAGUGAAUGGUUUAUUGUUAUUUUGCGGCGGCCUUCCUCCCGGUUGAGUGUUUCCUGAAUCGUCUCGGGGCUGGAUCCGCUUGCCUCUGUGUUGAUUGAUAAGGAGAAGCAACACUGGCGGCGAUGAGAGGAAGCCUCUUGAUUAACCGUCGCGGGGUGCAGAGAUUUCGGCAGCUCGCGAUCGGUGCUGCUGGAUCGGUUAAGAUCAAGCUGUUACUAUGCUGUUGUAUAGUGUUUAUGAUGCUUGCGCUUGCUGGACGCGCAUCGGAUUUCAUGAGAUGGACCAAGCAUGAUGUUAUUGCUGAUCAGUUGUCUGUUCCAGGGUGCGUACUUGAUAAAAUCAUUCAGAAAGGAUAUGCUAUAGUAGUUAACACAUGGAAGAGAUAUGAUCUGUUGAAGCAGUCAAUUUCCCACUAUUCAUCUUGUGCUGGGCUUGAUUCUAUACAUAUUGUCUGGAGUGAGCCCAACCCUCCAUCAGAAUCUCUUGUUGAGCAUCUCAAUCACAUUCUACAGUCAAAAUCUAAAGGUGCGAGGCGGGCUGAGUUGAAAUUUGAUAUCAACAAGGAAGACAGUUUGAAUAAUAGAUUCAAAGAAAUUAAGGAUUUGAAGACUGAUGCUGUUUUCUCAAUUGAUGAUGAUGUUAUAUUUCCUUGCUCUUCAGUGGAAUUCGCUUUCAGUGUUUGGCAGAGUGCCCCAGAUAAUAUGGUGGGCUUUGUGCCCCGUUCCCAUUGGAUUGAUCAAUUGGAAGGGAAAAAGGAUUACUACGUAUAUGGUGGAUGGUGGUCCGUUUGGUGGACUGGUACAUAUAGUAUGGUACUUUCAAAGGCUGCCUUUUUCCACAAAAAGUAUCUCAGUUUAUAUUCAAAUGAGAUGCCAGCAUCAAUCAGAGAGUACACUACCAAGAACAGGAAUUGUGAAGAUAUUGCAAUGUCCUUUCUUGUUGCAAAUGCAACUGGAGCUCCACCUAUUUGGGUGAAAGGCAAGAUUUUUGAGAUUGGUUCAACUGGAAUUAGCAGUUUGGGAGGUCAUAGUGAAAGAAGAACAACAUGUGUCAACAGAUUUGUUGCAGAAUAUGGGCGAAUGCCCCUGGUAUAUACAUCUGUUAAGACUGUUGAUAGCCGCCGUGCCUGGUUUUGGUGAUUCUGGAGAUUUCACUAAUGUUUUGAAUUGCUGAAUUUCCACGUCUUUUCUUGGGUAAUCCUUUGAGCGAUUUCAGUUCUUUUUAUAUUUAUACUAGUUCAGUUUAUGCAUUAUUUAUGUCCUUUCUUUUUUUGUUCUUUUGAGGUAGAAGCUAAUUUAACAGUUAAUUACGUGUAGUCUCACCAUGUCAGUAGAAGAUAGUCGCCACUAGUAAUACUAUAUACAUUUUGACUUCUUAAUAUUACUUAGGACCAGUGAUGUUAUUUUGUGUAA